UGGGUCGGUCGGCCGGCCGGGCGAAUCGGCACCCCCGCCACCGGAAGUGACGUGCUCAUGGCGCGCCCUGUCGACGGGCAAGACUACCACUCUAAUUGACUCUCUGCGGGUAGUAAGUAGAGCCGGCAAUGAGUCUCCGUCGCGCUGAGCACGGGUAAGUGCGUGAGGGGUUGGGCCUGAUUUGAAAUCUUCAACGGGGGAAUGGGGAAAUCGACCAAUGUCGACAUGUCGCCGCAGAGGCCGCGGCGCGACGUUUGCGCCGUAUAAAGGUGGUCCAACAUCACCACCAAACAACCCGUCACCAUCUCACAGCGUCUACGGUUAGUCGUGUAAGAGCACAUCAACAAGUCGGCGACGAACAAAGUAGAAACUAUCCCCUCAGGCACCAGCCGCCAAGAACAAGACGCCAUUCCCCUCAGCGGGAAACCCAUCAUCACAAGUCUACUAUAUAUCACUACGCACCCUCGCACAUCCCCAGCCGCAUCGUCGUCGCCCGCAACGUAACAUACUCUCUCUCCUCGAUAAAGCACGCCAAGCAGCCAGCCAGCCGCGCCACAUCAUCAUGGCCGUAACAGCCUCGUCGGUCCCGCGCGGCGACGUCACCGCCACCCUCAACUACUACCACCCGCCGGCCGACAAGUCCGCCGCGCCCUUCAACUUCGUCAACACGCCGCCGCCGGGCCAGCCGCAGCGCAACUACUCCGACGCCGAGCACGCGACGCUCAUCCGCGACCUGCGCGGCCGCGAGGCCGACUUCACGCUCGACCGCGACGCCUUCCAGGUCCUCGGCGGCGUGCCCGAGUCGGCCGAGCGCGACUUCGUCGACGACGACUCCAUCCGCCGCAACUACUACCCCGAGGUCGAGCGCCUGCUCCUCGACGCCGUCCCCGGCGCGAACAAGGUGCGCAUCUUCGACCACACCAUCCGCCGCGCCAGCCCCAACGCCGAGCGCAGCCCCGUCACCCGCGUCCACAUCGACCAGACGGCCCCCUCGGUCGAGAAGCGCGUCCGCCGCUACUUUGACGCCGACGAGGCCGACACCCUGCUGCGCGGCCGCUACCGCAUCGUCAACGUCUGGCGGCCCCUCAACAAGAACCCCGUCGAGUCCUUCCCCCUCGCCUUCGCCUCCACCUCGACCCUCGAGGACGCCGACGUCGUCCCCAUCGAGCACCGCUACGCCGACGGCUACCUCGGCCAGACGGCCGCCAUCCGCCACAACCCUGCCCAGAGCUGGUACUACCUGAGCGGCAUCACGGGCAGCGAGCGCAUCCUGCUCGAGUGCUUCGACAGCGAGUCCCUCAAGCCCGGCUCCAAGAUUGGCGGCCGCGUCCCGCACUCGGCCUUUGUCGAUCCCCGCACCCGGCCCGACGCCGAGGGCCGUGAGAGCAUCGAGGUUCGCGCGCUGGUAUUUGGGCCUUGAGACCUGCAAAACGCUUUGUAUGACAUGAAUGAUACACAUGAUGAUAGAACAUGCGGGAACGAGGGGAUGGCGUUGGACAUUAGUCACCGUCCAGGUUUCACAGCUAGCACCCUUGUUCAAGUAAUGGAAGAUCUUUGAUGACACCGGUCCUUACCGAUUGAGCUACUAUGCACAUGCUUCCCGUGUCCCCCGUGGUGCGCGGCACUCCGCAAUGUCCGGUAGGUAGGUAGUGCGCCGGCUUCAUCCGGUCAAAGGACCGUCGGGCAUAGAAACCACC